GUGCUACUCGCCGUCAGUUGAAAACAAGCGACAGUGAGUGAAACAUUUGCAGUUUUGCAAGCGAUUUCGGAGUUCAGAGCUCUUUCCACGAGAUUAUCGAGAUAUCUCUGUUGUUUAAAUCUUGAACGUGAUUUUGUGAAGUCGAGAAAAAUGUCUCUGCUACCGUUCCUGUUUGAUUACGAAGUCGAGCGCCCCCGCCGGUUGGUUGACCAGCAUUUCGGUCUAGGCUUGACACCUGAUGAUCUGCUCAGCGUCAUUGCUGGAGGCCCUGUGGUGAGCCGCGACUACUACCGUCCAUGGAGACACUUGGCAGCGGCGUCCCGAGACCUGGGCUCGAGCAUCAAGAACGACAAAGACAAGUUCCAAGUGAAUUUAGACGUCCAGCACUUCGCUCCCGAAGAAAUCAGCGUUAAAACUACAGACGGCUACAUCGUUGUUGAGGGGAAACACGAGGAGAAGAAAGACCAGCACGGUUUCAUCUCCCGCCAAUUUACCAGGCGGUAUGCGCUUCCCGAAGGUUGUACGCCAGAUACUGUGGAGUCCAGGCUGUCUUCGGAUGGAGUGUUGACUGUGACUGCGCCGAGGAAGGUUCCCCCAGCGGUCCAGGGUGAGAGGAAGGUGCCCAUAGCCCAGACCGGCCCAGUGCGUAAGGUUACCGACCAGUCAAAUGGUGACAAAGCAGAGUAGGUCUCCAGUGAAUUGUGAUACUCAAUUUAUUGCGUUAUUGUUCAUUCCAGUGAUUUCUGUUUUAUUUUUUUUAAGACUGAUAAUUUUAGUUCUUUAUUCGUAAUAAAGGCUUAUGUGUGGUAA